CAGACAGAUUACGCACUACAGCUACUCAGCCUCUUAAAGGACGCGCUAUAUAUAGAUGACCUUCGAACCUGCACGAAGACAUCAACACCUUACGGAUUAAAGUUUGGCUGGAAACUACCGGGACCAUCAAAAAUGACUUUUAUCAUUCAUAUGAAAGACCCGAAGAAAGUAAAGAAGAAGAAGCGCUGGAGUCAGAUUAUGUACAUGUCAUAUGUCCUUGAUUUUCUUCGUAAGCAACACCUGGAUGGAGUAAGUGAUUGUACAGUGAGCGAGUCCGACUGUUACAUUCUUACAACGGAUGCUGACGUCAAGUUUACUCCGGAAUCUGUCGAAGCGCUGCUUGACUUCAUGAAGCGGGACUCUUCUGUCGGAGCUGUAUGUGUCGUUGGGCCGAGUAGUCUGUCUACCGCGCGCACCUACCCAAUAGGCAAGGGCCCGCUUGUUUGGUAUCAGAAAUUUGAGUAUGCAAUUGGACACUGGUUUCAAAAGGCCGCUGAAAACGUCCUCGGCUCUGUUCUCUGUGCCCCGGGCUGUUUCAGUGUCUAUCGCUGCUCUGCCAUCAAGAGUAUCCUCCCCAAGUAUGCUUCAGAUGUUGAGAGAGCCUUUGAGUUCCUCAUCAAAGACAUGGGAGAGGACAGAUGGUUGUGCACGCUCAUGGUACAGAGUGGUUGGCGUAUUGGGUACUGCGCAGCCUCAAAGAAUGAAACCUACUGUCCUGAUGAAUUUGAAGAGUUCUAUAAACAAAGACGGAGGUGGAUUGCAUCUACAUUAGCUAAUAUCAUUUCUUUGAUCGAGGAGUGGAAUCUGAUUCGAUACCUCAACCAUCGCGUGCCUUUUCUCUUCUGUAUAUAUCAGAUGUUCCUCCUCGUAUCCACAGUUAUUGGUCCAAGUACUGUAAUCAUCAUAGUGGCAGGUGGCUUGAAUUACGCUUGGAAUGUUGACUUGAUCUUGGCGGUGGUACUACAAGUCGUCGUCUGUGUGAUUUAUACCUGGGUUUGUUUGUACACAGAGGAAACGUGGCAAAUGCAGUUUGGUAAAGUCAUCACUUUCCUGUACGCGGUUGUCAUGACAGCAGUGGUGGUCGGGAUUGCAGAGCAGGUAGAAGAAGAUCUUAUAAAUCUUAACGACAAGGUGAAGGUCGAAACCAAAGACGGCAAAACUGUCACUGUACAACCGACUAUUGGCCCAGGAGCCAUUAGUGACGAUUUUCCGGUGUCCGUUGUGACCUUGUAUCUUGGUCUUUUAAUUGCCAUAUUCCUUGUCAGCGGAGCGUUUCAUCCUACAGAAAUCGCUUGUCUCCUGCAUGGAUUCACGUAUCUUCUUUGUUUACCAUCCGGGUACCUGGUGUUGAACAUUUACAGUGUCGUUAACAUCAUGGACCGUUCCUGGGGGACAAGAGAGGAAAAGUUACACGACACUGUGAAAGAUAACAAGCCGUGGUAUGACAAACUGGAGACAGCGAUGAGAAAGAUAUUCUUUUGUUUUGAGAAGAAAGAGCCUUCACCUCCAACAACUGAACCGGAAACGGAUGUUCCUCAAAGUGAUUCUCAUGAUCAAAACGAGGCUUUGUUUCCUGGAGACUUUUCUAAGACUGUAGGCCCUGGGUUUAGGUAUAAAGGCAGUCCUCUAUAUACGUCACUGCCUGACGAUCGUGGAAGGGAUGCAGCGAGGAGAGCAAGACCUGAUUACCUUGAAAGCAUGCUGGAGACAGACAAUUUUGAAAGAGAAGAGGAAUUUCAUGAAAAUAACCCUCUUGAUGUUCGAACCUGGCUUCCAUUCGGCAUGAAGGGGUAUGCUCGUAACUUUGUCGAAAAUGGAUAUGAAAAUUCGAACUUCCUUGGAAUGCUGACAGAAAACGACCUUAAGCAAAUAGGGAUCAAGAAAGUUGCUCACCGAAAAAAAUUGUUCCGGUUAAUCCAGGAUAUUCCAGAGUUUAAAAUCCCUAUUGGUGUUCCGAACGAUGUGCAUUCUUGGCUAAGCGGGAUUGGUUUACUUGAAUAUAAACAGAACUUCAAUAGAAACCAAAUCAAAACAGUUCAAGAUAUGGAAGUGUUGAAGACAAUCACAAAGAAAGAAAUAAAGGAGGAUCUCAGAAUAACAAAAUCAGGUCAUAUACAGCGUCUUCUUGAUGCUAUUGCAUGCCUUCGACAGCCAGCCAAAGAGGAGCAGAUCAUUACAGAAAUUAAGAAGCAGAUUGGUAAGGUCCACAAUCUGAAGGAUUUGGGAAGCGUGAAUGGACAAGAGAACAAGUUCUGGGUGGAUCUCAUUAAGACUUGUUUAGCGCCCUCGGCAGAUGUAUUCAGUUUGGAGCAAACUCUAAAAAAAAAUUUAAGGACGUUACGUAACGAAUGGUUGAUGGUGUCAGGAAUAGUCAACUGUUUAUGGAUAGUGAUUAUAAUGACGUUAUCCAGCAGUAUCGACUUAAACGUGGCUGGGACUAACAUACUCAGUUUAUUAUUCCUAAUCGUAUUUGGAUUUCUGUUUGUUCUGCAAUUUCUCUGCAUGUUGUUACACAGAUUUUCAACACUUUCUCACUUUAUUGCGCGUGCGCCAUAUCGAUUUGGCCAGAAUUAUCGAACAUCUGUUGCUUUUCUGUCCCGUGACCUGGAAGCGGAUGCGAACCACCUGGGCCGGAAGCCGAGUCUUGAUCACCACAACGAGGCUUCUGAGAACACCUCCUUGUUAUCAGAUAAUGGUAAUGAUGUGUAUCAAGGACGUCCUCAUGCUCGGACGUAUCAAUCAGUGUGAUUGAUGAUUUGAAUAAUUUCAAAUCAAAAAAUUUGUUCAACCUGUGCAUGAUGACUUCAUGAAUUUAACUUUAUGGUCCUCAUACAUGUACUAUAAUU